AUGCUAAGGAGUGGGAAUCAUGGAGGGCUCCUAGAGGAAAGGCAGAAUGCCAGUCUCUGGGAUUCCCUAGCCAACAGUGCCUCCUCUGGAUCAGGGUGUGGCCAGCCCCAGGUUUCGCAUGCAGGAAGUCGAAUCGUGGGAGGCCAAGCUGCCUCAGCUGGCAUAUGGCCAUGGCAGGCUAGCCUCCGUCUGCAGAAGGUGCAUGUGUGUGGAGGGUCCCUGCUCAGCCCAGAAUGGGUGCUCACAGCAGCCCACUGCUUCUCUGGGUCUGUGAACUCAUCUGAUUACCAGGUGCACUUGGGAGAGCUGACGAUCACCCUGUCUCCCCAUUUCUCCUCUGUGAAGCAGAUCAUCCUGUACUCUAGCCCCCCAGGACCACCAGGGUCCAAUGGAGACAUAGCCCUGGUGCAGCUGGGCACCCCUGUGGCCCUCUCCAGUUGGGUCCAGCCUGUGUGCCUCCCAGAGGCCUCAGCUGACUUCUACCCCGGGAUGCGAUGCUGGGUGACAGGCUGGGGCCAUACACAGGAGGGAGAGCCUCUGAAGCCCCCAUAUAACCUGCAGGAGGCAGAGGUCUCUGUGGUGGAUGUAGAGACCUGCAGCCAGGCUUACAGUAGUCCCAAUGGCACCAUCAUCCAGCCAGACAUGCUAUGUGCCCAGGGCCCGGGGGAUGCCUGCCAGGAUGACUCUGGAGGGCCAUUAGUCUGCCGGGUGUCUGGGACCUGGCAGCAGGCUGGCGUGGUCAGCUGGGGUGAGGGCUGUGGCCGCCCCAACCGGCCUGGUGUCUAUACUCGAGUUACAGCCUACGUAAACUGGAUCCAUCACCAUAUUCCAGAAUCAGGGGGCUCAGGAAUACCAGGGGUUUCCUGGAUCCCCCUCCUGGCUGGCCUCUUCUUGCCCAGCCUCCUGCUGUUGCUGGUCUCUGGAGUCCUGAUGGCCAAGUGCUGGCUGAGGGGAUCCUGGCUAGGCUCUCCCUCCCGCCCAACUUCAGACCUCUGACUCAGGUGUCACAACCCAAGUAUAUUCCUUAAAUAAGUUAGUGUUUAUUCAGCUUUGCUUUGCCCCUUCCCUCCCCUUAUCUUUGACUUAGGAAGCCAAGUUUUCUGCAUCAGAUUAUUGCGAUGUUUAACCUGAAUUUGUAAAAUGGAUGACAUAAAGCAAACAGAUGGUGAAUGAAUGUCAA